GACACGAGCGCGGCGCAGGCGCGCGCGGGUCGCGACGUGCAAGGCAUCCCGUGGGAUCGACUCCAGUUCACGCGAGAAAAGUACCGCGCGAAACGCGUCGCCGAGUACAAAAACUACGCCAACCUGGACUUCGACGCGAGCGCGCUCGACGGCGCGUGCGCGAGGACGCGCGCGUGCGCGAAGCGCACGCCGUUCUUCGAGUUCGCGCACAACACGCGCGCGGUGCGAUCCAACUUCGUGCACUUCCAGCUCAGAAAUCUCGUCUGGGCGACGUCCAAACACGACGCGUACGUCAUGAGCGAAAACAAGAUCGUGCACUGGAACGCGAGUCGGAAGCGCGCGAGCGUGGUGCUCGACCUGGACGGCGGCGCGAGCUCCGCGCCGAACGCGGCGACGGGCGCGACGUCCACGCACGGCGAUUUCCCGCGGAUACAGGUGAGCACGACGUGCGUGUCGAAGGACGGCGUCGUCGCCGCGGGAGGCUUCGCGGGGGAGCUCGUCGUGUUGGACCAACGGUCGGGACGGAGCGACGCGGCGAGGAUCACGUCGGACGACAACGGGAUCACGAACGCGAUCGAGUUCGUCGGCGCGCGGAGCGGCGCGGAGAUUCUCGUGAGCAGCAACAACGACAUGAUGACGCGGUUUUACGACCUCUCCACGAUGCGAUGUCUCGGGAGGCACAAGUACCCGUGGGCGGUGAAUUACGCGUCGACGUCGGCGGAUGGCCGAUCGACGGUGGUCGUCGGCGACAGCAAAGAGGCGUGGCUCGUGGACGUCGCGACGGGGAGACGGAUCGCGACGAUGGAGGGGCACCUGGACUUUUCGUUCGCCGCGGCGUGGCACCCGAACGGGAUCCUGUUCGCGACGGGGAACCAAGACACGACGACCAAGGUGUGGGACGCGCGGUGCCUCGGACGCGGGUCGCUGCUCACGCUGCGCGGCACGAUGGGCGCGAUUCGAUCGUUGCGGUUCACGAGCGACGGGCGGUUCCUCGCGGCGGCGGAGCCCGCGGAUUUCGUGCACGUGUACGACGUCGACGCCGGGUUCGAGGUGCGCCAGAGUUUGGAUCACUUCGGGGAGACGGCCGGGAUCGGGUUCUCCCCGGACGGGGAGUCGCUCUUCGUCGGCGUCGCGGAUUUGACGUACGGGAGCGUGUUGGAGUACUCGCGCGGGCGG